AUGGCUACAGUGCUAGAGCCAGAGGACCAAGAUCUUUGGGAAGAGGAAGGAAUAUUUCUGGUGAAGCUGGAAGACGAUUCCACUUGGAGGCAAGACCCAGUCCUACAAAAGGAUGAUGCUGUGCUUGAGACCUCACAUCAAAAUUUCCGGAGAUUUCGCUACCAGGAAGCAUCAGGGCCCCGGGAGGCCCUGAGCAGACUCCGAGAGCUUUGCCAUCAGUGGCUGCGGCCAGAAAGGAGGACAAAAGAACAGAUCUUGGAUUUGCUGGUGCUGGAACAAUUUCUGACUGUUCUGCCUGGGGAACUGCAGAGCUGGGUGCGGGGACAGCGGCCAGAGAGUGGUGAAGAAGCAGUGACGCUGGUGGAGGGUUUGCAGAAACAACCCAGGAGACCAAGGCGGUGGGUGACGGUCCAUGUGCAUGGCCAGGAAGUCCUCUCAGAGGAGACAUCAAAUCUGGGAGCAGACUCGGAGUCACCGAUCGAACAGCCGGAGCCUGUGCAUUCCCUGUCCCUGGAGGAGUCGCAUGAGGAAGGGCCACAGAGCCCAGAUCUGAGUGUUGAAGAGCAGAGCCCCUGCCAUGAAGAGGAACCCCAGCCCCUCCAGGAGAGCGAGCUUCCUGUCCCCCAAGACCAUGUUCUCCCUGAGGAAAGAAGUGGUGGAGACCAGGAGAUGGUUAACCUCCUUACAGCUAUAUCCCAGGGACUUGCAACUUUCAAGGACGUGACUCUGUCCUUCUCCCAGGAGCAGUGGGGUGACCUGGAUCCAACUCAAAAAGAAUUUUAUGGAGAAUAUGUCUUGCAGGAAGAUUGUGGAAUUGUAGUCUCCCUAACAUUUCCAAUCCCCAGACUAGAGGAAAUCUCCCGGGUUGAAGAGGAGGAAGAAUCUUGGGUCCCAGAUUUGGAAUAUCCCCAAGAUCCUGAAGAAACAGAGAUCCUGAGUUUUACGUACACAGGAGAUAGGAGUGAAGAUGAGGAAUUUCUUGAACAAGAAGAAAUCAAUAUUGAGGAUCUACAGAGAACUAUUUUGGGAAGUCCAGAAAUUCCUCAAAAUAUUGAUUUGGAACUACUCUUUGAAGAUGAGCCUAGUAGUCCUAGUGAAAGAAGAAUGAGUACAAGUUUUUCUCCAGCGCAUAAUUUCACGAGCCUUCAAGAGAAUCUACAAUUCCAUCCACUAUUAGGGAGACCUCAUGAAUGUCCUGUGUGUAGAAAAACCUUCAGUUGCAACUCCCACCUUAUUAGGCAUCUCAGAACCCAUACAGGAGAGAAGCCUUAUAAAUGUUCUGAUUGUGGGAAAAGUUAUACUCGGAGCUCCCACCUUGUCAGGCAUCAGAAGAUCCACAAAUUGCAAGGACCAUUUAUGUUUCCUCACAGCAGGGACAGAUUUGAUGAAAUCUCUCAGUCACUGCAACAUGAGAUAAUCCCACAAACUGAGAAACCUUACAGAUGUGAAACAUGUGGAAAACACUUUCGCUGGACCUCUGACCUUGUCAGACAUCGUAGAACACAUACAGGAGAGAAACCCUUCUUCUGUAGCAUUUGUGGGAAGAGUUUUAGCCAGAAGUCUGUCCUCACAACACACCAAAGAAUUCACCUGGGAGGUAAACCCUAUUUGUGUGGUGAGUGCGGGGAGGACUUCACGGACCAUAGGCGGUAUCUGGCUCACCGGAAAACCCAUUCAUCUGAGGAGCUCUUCCUCUGUAAUGAGUGUGGGAGGGGCUUCAACCACAGUGCAGCAUUUGCCAAGCACCUUCGAGGACACGCAUCGGUACGAUCCUGCAGGUGCAGUGAGUGUGGGAAAAGUUUCAGUCGGAGAGACCAUCUUGUCAGGCAUCAGAGAACACACACUGGCGAGAAGCCAUACACAUGCCCCACCUGUGGAAAAAGCUUUGGGAGAGGAUACCACUUGAUCAGGCAUCAGAGGACCCACUCAGAAAAGACUCUCUUACAGGACCCAAGUACAGAGAAAGCCGAAUUCAGAAAAGACUCCCAAGCUGAGGAUGGGCUGUGAAAAAAGCCUUUCUGUCAUCUUGAAACUUGGGCUUCUUGCAAGGAGGCUCAAUGAGCAGCCCAGAUCUUGCCUUGCCUCUCUUUGUGUUAUUGUGCACAUCCUCUCAAUUGUCUUUGUUGCCUUUGGGGGAACAUUUUUUCUACUCUUCUGCCCCAGUAGGGCUUCUUCAUUGAGAUGGGGAUAUAUAUUUUUUUUUUGGGGAUAAGUUAGGAGAGUGAGAGAGCACUAAGGAGAUGUGGUUAAGACACCUUCCCAGGAGAGGCUGUGGUGUCUCUAAAUAUAUCUUGGCUUCCUUGAGUAACAAGUGACAUAAAAUGAGCCACAGGCUUGCUGGGCCUCUGUGUGGCAGCAGACAGCCCUGACAGACAGGAGAUGUAGGGCCCUUUGACUUUGUCACAGAUUCACUGAAUGACCUUGAACAGAUAGAUCCCAUGUCCUUUUCUGUAAUUCACUUGCCACAUCUCAAAGCGGAGAACAUUGUCAAUGCACUUUCCUUUGAUGGUACAGGGUAGAAUGGCAGAGAAUUCUGUUCUUACCAAACAGACCCUCAAGGCUUAUUAUUUGAAGCCCUUUGUGGCUUCUCCCUUCCCAGUUGCCAAGAUGGUAAGCAGUGCUGAGAUGGAGCUGAGAAGGAGGUCUCUUCAAAGAUGACCUUUCUUUUCCCUCAAGUUCUCACUCUGUUGCCAUCCAUUCACACUCUCAGCUGCCUUCCUUUUCCAUCAGAUUCUUCUGGUUAUGUCCCAGGAAAUACUUCUACUACUCAAGGUGAGGUAGGGGAAUAAGUAAAACAAUUAGGAUUCAAAAUAAAAUUUGUAACUUCCCAUCCUUUCCCCCCUCCUCCCUUUUAGAUUUUAUGGGAGUUUAAGAGUAGUAAUAGUUUAGAAAGGCACCAUGGUACUAGAGUUAUCUUAACUGGAAUGUCAGGGUUCACAGAGUUCAGAGUAGUUCGCAUCUACCAAGUGAAGAACUAAACGUAAACUCACAAAAUGAUUAAGAAAAAGCCCUAGCCUUUCUGAGGAGUCCAUACAAAGCAACUUGGGGUGAGGUUCUCUACCAACACCUUGUUCCCAUCAGUUUUUACAUACUAUACUAUAUAAUUUCAGGAAAAAAAUUCAGACAUUCUCACAUUUCUUCAACAUCUUUAGCCAGUACCUGGAAACUAGGAGAUCAUUUUAGGAGUGGUUGAUUUUAAUGCAUUUGUGAGUUCUUUUUUUCCUCUUUAUUUUGUGUUAACUCCAUUCUCAUGUUAGUGAGAAAACAAUAGCAGUCUCAGUGCUCCCAGGAACCCUUGUUGCGGGAUGGUGGUUACUAUGGAAACAAGGCUAGUUGCCACGGUAACUCAUAGACCCAACCUAAUCUAAUGUGGGUAUGGUAGAGACAGGAGGAACUUUUUUCCUAAAAUUGGAACACAAAGUCUGGGCAUGAAAGCAUGAGGGGGGAGAAGACCCUCUAUUCAAUGCCUGGUUUACUCUGCUGUCCUGUGCCACCUGUGCUACUGAUAGACCUUUCUGCCCUAGAGGUGAUAAAAUGGGUUGCUAAUAUCAGCCUCUCCAUCCUUUGAAACACCUAUAUACUUGCUCCCUCCUCAUAAAGGGACUUCCAUUCAUCUCUCAAGCCCCUGUCAUGUGACUUCUUGAACUUUCUGAGAUUCCCAGGACUUGUCAAUUUUCUUUUGAAUACUGGCAUGGCUCAUUCAUAGGUCCCGGAAUAGAAGUGUCUUAAAUGUAAGCUAGCUGUAAAGGAACUUUUAAGUGAGCAAGGUACAAUCCCAACCCUUUGGGGAGAGAGGGCUUUCAGGAAGAUGGCCAUGUACAGAAGGAUGCUCUUUCCCCAUUCACAGGAGAUACAUUCUAGAGAUCCCUGGGAAUGAAGAAAUCCUUGAAUUCUGUACUGUACCAAUAAUAAAAAUUUCUGAA